AAAAAUAUUAUCUGAUCUUUAUGCAAUCCUAGCCACAUUUUCAUUGUCUUCUUCUCUCUGAUAACCAUGGAAGAUACAACAUGGGAACAGAAACUCCAAGCCCUAACACACAUCAUAACAAGCCCUACAAACACACCAACCCUCCACUCUCAAUUCUUCAUUGCAACCCAAAUCCCCUGCUAUCUCAAAUGGGACUACCCACCAAUCCUCUGCUCAAAUCCAUCUCUUCUCAAAAAAUGGGAAUUUUCAUUCUUCCUCAAAAGGGUCUCUACAAUGGGUAUUCCUGAAACUUCUUGGAGGUCUAAGUGUCCAUAUCAGCAACCACCACCAUUGAUUCUUGCUGAUGGAGUUGAAGAAGCAAAGUGGGGAAGUGAAGAAAGGAAGAGUUAUGUUAGGAAGAGACUUUCUAGGAAACCACUUGGCACAAAUGUUAAUCCUAUUGUACCAAUUUUAUUACCUAAUGUUUUGUUGUUGUCACUUAUGAUAUGGAAUCCAUUUUCUUAUCUUGAUUGAUAAAUCUUGUAUCCUUAAUUUCCAGUACCACUUUCUGUAUAAGAUUGAUUUUUAUUUUU